UCGAGGCCUUGGAAAGUUUGAGGUUCGUCUCCGUUCUCUAUUUCUCAUGAAACCUUGUGCAACUGAGUUAGCAACCCAAAUAAGCCGAGCUCUGAUCUCCGCCUCGAAUCGUACGAAACCUACUCGGACAUGGACUCCUUCGCUGGAGCAGACGCUCCACCGGCUCGGUUGCCGCGAUUCGCUCACCCCACCACUCGUAGCCCGAGUCAUAGAUCCCUUCCUCCUCACCCACCACUCACUUGCACUCGGUUUCUUCAACUGGGCCUCUCAGCAACCUGGGUUCUCCCACACUUCUCUCACCUACCAAUCAGUCCUCAAGUCACUCUCUUUUUCUCGCCAGUUCAAUGCCAUUGGUACUCUCUUAAAGCAAGUCAGAACCCAGAAGAUUAAUCUAAGUUCUUCGGUUUACCGUUCGCUGAUUGCUUCAUUGAUCAUAGGAAAGAAGACCCACGAUGCCUUUUUGGUAUUUAGCGAAGCCAGCUCAGUGAUUCCAGAAAUUGGUCCUGAAGUAUGUAAUUCUCUAUUGGCUGCUCUUGCUUCUGAUGGGUAUUUGGAAUAUGCAGAAACGGUGUUCGAUAAAAUGGUUGUUAAAGGUGUUUCUUUUAGCACUCUUGGGUUUGGUGUGUUUAUAUGGAGGUUUAGUAGAAAUCUUGAGGUUGAUAGAGUGUUAAGCAAGUUGGAUGAGGUCAGGAGAGGUAAUUCAGAGAUUAAUGGGUCGAUUAUUGUGGUUUUGAUUGUUCACGGGCUUUGUCAGGCGUUGAAGGUGUCGGAGGCUAAUUGGGUUUUGGAUGAGCUGAGGAUUAGGGACUGCAAACCUGAUUUUAUGGCGUAUAGGAUUGUCACGGAAGGGUUUAGGGCAAUAGGAAGUGUGGUUGAUACUGAGAAGGUUUUGAAGAAGAAGAGAAAGCUUGGGGUAGCUCCCAGGGCUGGUGAUUAUAGAGAGUUCAUAUUUGCGCUAGUUUCGGAAAGACGGAUCUGGGAAGCGAAAGAAUUGGGUGAAGUGAUUGUUGGUGGGAAUUUCCCAAUUGAGGAUGACGUGCUUAAUGUGUUAACAGGAUCAGUUUCAGCCAUCGAUCCCGAUUCUGCCAUUGUGUUUUUCAAGUACAUGGUUGGAAAAGAGAGAUUUCCUACACUUUUGACAUUGACCAAUUUGAGUAGGAAUCUUUGCAAGCAUGGGAAGACUGAUGAGUUGUUGGAAAUUUUGCGCCUUCUGUCUCUUAAUGAUUACUUUAAAGAUGUAGAGAGUUACAAUGUGAUGGUUUCAUUCUUGUGCAAGGCUGGCAGGGUGAGAGAAGCCUAUGGGGUUCUUCAGGAGAUGAAGAAGAAAGGAUUCGGACCAGAUGUCUCAUCUUAUAACUCUCUGAUGGAAGGGUGCUGUAGGGAAGAUCUAUUGCGUCCUGCUAGAAAGCUGUGGGAUGAGAUGUUUGCAAGCGGGUGUGGCGGGAAUUUAAAAACUUACAACAUUCUAAUUCAGAAGUUCUCAGAAAUAGGUCAAGUCGAGGAGGCUCAGAGGCUCUUUCACCACAUGUUUGAGAAAGGAGUGGUGCCCGAUGCUACAACUUACACGUCCCUCAUUGGAGGGCUCUGUCGAGAAACAGAGUUAGAAGCUGCCCUUAAUGUCUUCAACAAGUCUGUCAAACAGGAUGUGGUUCUUGCACAAACCAUAUUGAGUACAUUUGUUCUAUCUUUAUGCAAAGAAGGUCAUUUUAUAGCUGCUUCUAAGUUGCUCCGUGAUCUCACCUGUGAUAUAGGACAUUCAGACUCCCAUAUAAUUUUGCUAAAAUGUUUGGCUGAUGCUAGGGAGUUUUCCAUUGCCAUUGAGCACAUAAAAUGGGUCGAAAAAUCUUCCCCUUCAACGUUGCAAGUUAUAUAUGCUGAACUUUCGGUAUCACUUUCUUCUUCAAAAUCAGAGCCAAUUUUACAGUUGCUUCAAACAAUACCGGAAUGUCUAAUUUACCGCAAUGAUGAUACUUGGAAGACUCUCUGAAUGUUAGGCUUCAAGAUUAGUGCGCAUUCUAUGGGGGAUUCGGAGUGAAAAAGUCCCCACCCCUCUCUGGAUUGCGCUCUAUCAUCCAUAGAACUGGACGGCAAAUAACACAAAUGUUGCAAUUACAAAAAGAAAUACCAGUAGACAUUGUGGAUAGCAUUCUGUAAUUUGUUACCUGCUAUUUGACGCUCCGAAAUAGUGUAAGCCACUGAUUCGCCAAACGCGGUGUCAAUCGUCUGCAAUAUUCAUAGAUCCAUUUGUAGUCUGACGAGGAAAAAGUAGAACAUGAACCGAACGCUGAAACCUCUGAUGGGCAACAUUGCUCUUGUUAAAUCAUGAACUCUGGCCUAUAAAUAGACCCUGUAUGAUAACACCCUCGUCAAUCAUAUGCAAUCCAUAUAAACAUACUGUUGUAUUCUUUGUAAUAUGGUGUUAUCUUCUUAUUUUCUUUGCAGUGUUAAUUAGUUAUGUAACGAGAGACAAUAAUGAGGGAGAAGGCUACUUAGAUUGGUGAGAGCACCAUGGGUUGGCGUUAGGGCUUGUGGACACCCGGGAAGAUGAUGGGAGGCAGAGGCUGGGCAUAGGUUGUCAAUGGCUAUACAUCUCGCGUGGACAAUGGUCUUAACUGUCGAUGAAAGCAAAUAAGGGAAGGUCUAACAUGGUAUCGCGCCUGCAAUUCAACGGACAGACGCCGUAUACAAUCCUGUUAUAUAAUUUUGAAGUCAAAGCACCAUUGAUAAAAACUAAACCAGGUUGUUAGUCCAUUGUUAAAGGGAGAGAGAUGAUCAAGCCUAACAUCGUGUGAUUGUCAAUUUAACUGGGCAACUUUAAUCCAGAAAAUUGAGAUAAUUUACAAGAGAUGAACAACGUGGGAUUGUCAGUCUUCAAGGCCUUGAAUCCCAGCCAUGAUUAUCCGAUUGCUGAAGACUUUGAAGCCAAGCAGAGAAGGAACACUUCGCCCUCUGCUUGUAUGCCACUGCCCGUCAGAUGUCGGAACCUCACUGACUGCAUUAGUCGCUGAAAGCACCAGCAAUUGUUUAGCAUGCCUAUGAAUGAUGCCCCGGAAACAGCAGCAUCACUGCAAAGAUGAGGUCCUCUGAAAAUGCAAAAUCUUUCUUUACAGAUGCCCGCCAACAGAGUCAACUAUUGGAUUCCCAGUUGACUUAUGCCUGCCUUCUGAAAGUAGGUCAAAUUCUCCACAUGAUCAAUCAACAAUAAGUAACCCAACAUCCGGAAGAAAAGGCACA